GAGUGGCACACCGCCGGUGCAGAGAUGCCGGCAGGCAUCCUGGAUACUGACGCAGACUGGGCCGUUCCAGCUGCGGCAGCCCCAGAGUUAGAUGUGCCAAUCAAGACCGACGAAGGUGAGAUUGCGGAUGCAGAAUUGGACCUCCCUGCAGAGCCAGUUCUGCCCGUACCAGAAUGGAAUUCAGACAUACCAGUCAAGACCGAACAAGGUGAGAUUGAUGACGCAGAAUUGGGCCUCCCUCCAGAGCCAGUUCUGCCCACACCGGACUGGAAUUCAGACCCAGCCAAGACCACCCAAGGUGAGAUUUCUGACGUGGAGUUGAGCCUUCCUCCAGAGCCAAUUCUGCCCGCACCAGAAUGGAAUUCAGACGUACCAGUCAAGACCGACCAAGGUGAGAUUGAUGAUGCAGAAUUGGGCUUGCCUCCAGAGCCAAUUCUGCCCACACCAGAGUGGAACCGAGAUGUGCCAGUGAGGAAAGGCCGAGGUCUGCCCCAGGGUGGUGCUUUGAUGAAUUUGAGUGAUGAGGACUUUGACAUCCCCCCUCCACCUCAAUUGCUGUCCCCACCAGCCCGCCCCAAGACAGGAUCAGAUGUGCCACGUUUGCCUCUGGUGAUGCAACAUGCCCAUGAACCACAAGCAUUGCUUCCCGAAGUCCACGCUAAUGUUCCACAUGAUCUUGAUGACCCACGCUACUGGACCUAUGAACGCUAUCAACGCGAAAAGUCGCAGGGUGCCCAAGGGAAUUGCAAUGACCUCACCCCAUGGUAG